UCACUCGCACCUUCUCUUUCUCCAGUAACUCCACACUCCUUGGCUAUGGAGUUCCAAGAAUUUAGCCCUUCCAAAACCGGGAAAUUACACUCCGUAUCCCUUUUCUUCGUCUUCGUCGUCUUCGUUCUCCUCCUCUGGCCCUCCUCAUCACUGAUCCUGGUUCAAUCCGUAUCUCUCGAUCUGGACCCACACGAGAAAGCCUCUCUCCUCAUAUUCAGGGUCUCGAUCCAAGACCCAAAUCGGAGUUUAUCGACGUGGUACGGUUCAGUCUGCUCAAACUGGACUGGUAUAAGUUGUCAGAAUCCGGCCGGUAGAGUUGUCUCGAUCAGCUUGUCCGCCAUGAACUUGUCGGGUGAGCUUCACCCAAGUCUCUGUAAGCUCGCUUCUCUUCAGUUCCUGGAUUUCUCUCGGAACAAUUUCUCCGGUUAUAUUCCGUCUUGCUUCGGUGCGUUGCGUAAUCUCAGGACACUCAAUCUCAGUGGGAAUAGAUUCGUUGGCGUGAUUCCUGGUUCGUUAGUGAGGCUCAAGGAACUGAGAGAACUCGUAAUGAGCGAUAAUGGGGAUUUGGGUGGUGUAAUUCCUCACUGGGUAGGGAAUUUCUCGAUGAAUCUGGAGAACCUCGAUCUGGGUUUCUGUUCAUUUCACGGGGAAUUGCCUGAGAGUUUGCUGUAUUUGAAGUCUCUGAGGCAUCUGAGUCUCGAAGGUAAUAACUUGACCGGCACCCUUCGAGAUUUCCAGCAGGCUUUGAUUGUUCUCAAUCUUGCUUCGAAUCAGUUUUCUGGUACGUUGCCUUGUUUCUCGGCCUCUCGUUGGUCACUGAGUGUUCUAAAUUUGGCUGGGAACUCUCUGGUCGGUGGAAUACCGUCAUGUAUGGCUUCCUUCGAAGAGUUGAGACAUCUGAACUUAUCCUUCAAUGGCUUGAGAUAUGAGAUAUCGCCAAGGCUUGUGUUUUCUGAGAAGCUGGUGAUGUUGGACUUGAGCCACAAUGAUUUCUCAGGGCGUAUACCGAGCAAGAUUUCAGAAACAACCGAAAAAUCGGGUCUUGUUCUUCUCGACCUCUCUCACAACAGGUUUUCUGGCGAUAUACCAUUGAAGAUUACUGAGUUGAAGAGUUUACAAGCAUUGUUUCUCUCUCACAAUCUUCUAACGGGAGAGAUCCCGGCCAGAAUCGGGAAUCUAACAUAUCUCCAGGUGAUAGAUCUUUCCCACAAUGCGCUAACAGGCUCGAUCCCGCUGAACAUAGUUGGAUGUUUUCAGUUGCUUGCUUUGAUGCUAAGCAACAACAACAUCUCGGGUGAAAUCCAACCUGAGCUUGAUGCUUUGGACAGUUUGAAGAUUCUGGACAUAAGCAACAACCAGAUUUCGGGUGAGAUCCCGCUGACUUUGGCCGGGCUCAAGUCGCUGGAGAUUGUGGAUAUCAGUUCCAACAAUCUUUCGGGUAAUCUGAAUGACGCCAUAACCAAAUGGUCCAAUCUGAAGUACUUCUCCCUUGCCCGGAACAAAUUCAGUGGAAAUCUUCCUUCUUGGUUGUUCAAGUUUGACAAACUCCAAAUGAUCGACUACUCCGGCAACAGGUUCUCUGGAUUCAUUCCCGACGAUAACUUGAACAGCACGCGUUUCAAGGACUUUGACGCUGCAGAGGAAGGAUUUGCAGAACCAACAGGAAAAGCCGAGAUCAAAAUAUCAACAGCUGUGGUGGCUGAAAACGAGCUAAGCUUCGGGUACAAUCUACUGUCAGUGAUCGGGAUCGAUCUAUCUGACAAUCUAUUACACGGAGAAAUCCCAGAAGCUCUAUUCAGACAGAAGAACAUCGAGUACUUGAACUUGUCCUACAACUUCUUGGAGGGUCGGCUUCCACAUCUAGAGAACCUUCCGAGAUUGAAGGCCUUAGAUCUUUCACACAAUUCUCUGUCAGGUCAAGUCCUUGGAAACAUUUCAACCCCCCCGGAAUUGACAUUUCUGAGUCUAUCACACAACUGUUUCUCUGGAAUCAUUAACGAGAACAAAGGGCUCGGGAAGUUUCCGGGCGUUUUGGCAGGCAAUCCGGAAGUAUGUGUGGAAUCUUCCGGAAGCAGAUGUGAUCCCGCAAACCUUGACGGGAAGCAGGAGAAGAUAUAUCAAGACGAAUUGGUGGAAGGGCCGAUCUCGAUAUGGAUUUUCUGCUUGAGCGCAUUUGUGAGCUUCGAUUUCGGGGUCUUAGGUAUCUUCUGCUCAGCUCGAGCUCGGAGUUACGUUCUUCAGACUAAAGCUUAGGUUGAAGAACAAGGAGGAGAAGAUUCAGACAUCAAAACGUACUGUACGAUUCUCGAGUGAUGUAUAUUCAGUUCUAACAAUACCCUUCUAGUUUAACUCCCAACUCUGGUUAUGUGAUGGAAAAGGUAGAUACGCUUGUUCAUGUAUUUUUUUUUUUUUUUUUUUUUUUUUUUUUUUUUUU